AUGAUGCUGGUACCCGUCUUCUUCAUGCCCCGCCCGACCGAGCGGCCUGGCGCCAUGAUGACCGAUCGGCAGCUCACGAAGACGGUGGCCCAGCACGCGUCUGAGGUGCUUGGCCUGCGGCUCUUGCCUGGUGCCUUCGCGGUGUGCUACAACGUGCUCGCGUACUUCUUCGUCCAGUUGUUUUCCGCGACGCACGCCGCCUUCGCUUCCAACUUCAACAAGGACGCCACUAUCGGCAUCGCCGUCAUGGUUGGCCUCGAGACCCUCCCCUUCAGCGGCUGGGGCACCGUGAUGGCCGGCGACAUCGGCGGAAACAUCGCUGCCUUCACGACCUACAGUCUCGUCAAGGCUGGAGCUUUCGACGGCGCCAACCGGGGCAAGAAGUGUGGGCGCUCC